GUGUAAACUAAAAUAUUGUGGUAAACUGCUAUCGAAAACUGGCAGCCCAGUGUUUGACAGAUCGCAUACGCAGUGCAGUGGUGUAGAAAGUGAACGUGUGUGUUGUUUUUAAGAAUAUUUGAAUUUAAUGUUUAUAGUGAUUUAUUGAAACAUAAUAAAACAAAAUGGCGACCACAAUGGAGGCGUCGCAGAGCGUCAUCCAGUCAGAGUCGAGGGUCACACACAGCUACCAAGAGGUGCAGGUCUCGGAGACGAGACAGGUGAAGAAGAAGAAAUCCAGUAGACGGCAUAAGGAUGAGGGAUCUAUAUCUGUGUCGAAGAGUUCGGAAAAGCUUUUCAAAAAGAUGAAGGCCUCAGAGGAGCAUCCGAAUUGUGCGAAAUGUGCCCGCCCGGUCUACGCCAUGGAGAGAAUAAAGGCGGAGCGUCGCACGUGGCAUAAAGAGUGCUUCAGAUGCGUGCAGUGCAAUAAGCAGCUCACCGUGGAAACAUACCAGAGCGACCAUACAACGCUCUACUGCAAGCCGCACUUCAAGCAGCUGUUCGAGCCUAAACCAGUUGAUGAUGAUGAAGUCGAUGCCGCACCAAAAAAACAUCAAAUGAUCAUUUGUGAAAGCAAUCCCGUGGAGCUACCGCCAGAUGUCGUUAGAGCAUCAGACAAACCAGACCUAGGUCUCGAAGAAUUAGCGUCCCUAGACGUCAAGUCCCGCUUCCAGGUGUUCGAGAAGAAAGCCCAAGCGGAGGAACCUCCAGCCUUGGAGCGUCAUCACCAUGAGAAGAGUGCCACUCUGUUGUCUAAACUUGCCAAAUUCAAAGCGAAGGGAAUGGACAUUGGUGUUUCUGACGAGUGCCUAAAUGGCGUUGCUGUCGAGCCCAGCUCCAGCGAACAUGAGGAUGAAGAUGACGAGGACUCAGUGCUGCGCAACUCGUACAAGCACACGGGCGCGCGCGAGCAGCCCGCGUCGUUCUGCAACAUGAGCGAGAUCGUCGGCCGCUUCGAGAGCGGCCAGCUCGCCAGCGCCGAGCGGCACCGCGAGCGGAAGCAGGAGAUACAGAACAUCAGGAGCCGCCUGUUCUUGGGAAAACAAGCUAAAAUCAAGGAGAUGUAUGAGCAAUCCGUUAUGCAGAGUGAACAAGGAGUAACGUCAGCAGAGAAAAUCGCAAAGGAAUUAGACUUGGACGCAGAGAAAGCAAGAGCUAUCAAGGAGAGGUUUGAAAACGGCGAAGUUUUUAAUGAUGAAAACCAACCGCCCAAGAACAGGGAGUUGGAAGAUCGCGCUGUGUUUAAUGAAGGCAUAGCAAAGAAGUCUAGAUCAAUUUUCCUGGAGCUAGACGCAAAUGCUAAAACUAUGCCCCCAGUGUCCCCCCCUCCACAGGAAGCGCCGAAACGGAAGGAGUUGCCAUUCGUGCCUAAAGACGUAGUUCGCGCGGCUGAUAAGGUGGAAGACGUUAAAAUAGAAACUUCAGACAUUUCUGACCGGUUCAAAUUCUUCGAAACUUACCAACCUGAGACCAAGCGGAAGGAGUUCAGGAUGACUCCGCCCAGACAGAUCCAGCGUCCCAAAUCCCCAUCGCCAGAGAUCUACCACGAGCCGAGCGUGGUCCGCAGCGAUGAACCCGCGGCCGACACCAGCUUGGCCGCGAGCAGGCACACCGCCUCCAGGAUGAUUAACGUCUUCCGCGAGAUGGAGGAGCAGACCCGAAGGCCGGAACCUGCUGCAGGUCCUAAACCCCUGAAGCGGUUCACCCCACCACCUCCCGGGGAACACACCCACACCGGAGACACCAGCUCGGAGUACAGCGAAGAAGAGAGUGAAGAGGAGUACAUGGAGACCCGCGAGAGGGAUGAGGCCCUGCUGCAGGCGCAGCAGCUCGCCCGCACGAAGAGCUUCCGCGACCGGUUCGAGCACUGGUCCGAGAGCGAGCGCGCGCCGCGCCCCGUCUCUGUCCCGCGCGACGACGCCGAAGAGGACGGCGAAUCCCUGGCCACUGCUAAGAGCUUACGCGAAAAGUUCGAGAAUAUGAAAGUGCAAACGACCACAGUCACCAAAACUUUCGCGCCGAAAGUUAACCGAUUUGUGGUAAGACAAACAUUACAUACAUUUUUAAUUCAGCAAAAUGCCCAUCCUUUUAAUUUUCUUACAAGUUAAACAACUUAAAUAAAA